CUUCCUUUUUGUCUGUGAAAAUGUUUGCUCUCCUGAUUUGCGUCUUGAUACUGCAUCAAGUGCACUCUGCAUGUGUCGUGCAAGACGUUUGCCCAGAAAACAAAGCGGUUCAGGCUGAGAUCGUUGAUCAGCACAAUGCUUUCAGGAGAGAGGUUCAGCCUACUGCUUCUGACAUGCUGGUGAUGAGCUACAGCGAGGAGGUAGCAGCCAGUGCUCAGGCCUGGGUGGAUAAAUGCAUUUUAGGUCAUGGACCACCAAGCACCCGCAUGCUCAAAGGAUAUGAACUGGGUGAGAAUCUGUUCUAUUCAUCCUCACCUUCAUUGUGGACGAACGUCGUUAAGGCCUGGCACAGUGAAGUGGCAAACUACCAGUAUCCCAAAGGAUCUACCAACCACAAAACUGUUGGUCACUACACACAGGUGGUGUGGAACAGCUCCUACAAAAUUGGCUGUGGAAUGAAAUUGUGCCCUAACAACAUCUAUUUCUACGGCUGCCAUUAUUACAGAGCAGGAAACUUCAGAGGAUGGCCACCAUAUAAGGCUGGACCCCCAUGUGCUUCUUGUCCCAAUAACUGCGUAGACAAGCUCUGCACCAACCCCUGUCCUUACAUUAACAAGUUCAUCAACUGUCCAAAGAUGAAAGAUACGACUGGAUGUGGGAAUAAGCUGGUGUAUGCCUGGUGCCCUGCUUCAUGCAAAUGCACCACUGAAAUCAUUCCAAUAGCCUAAAGAUAAACUCUUCAGUCUGCAAACUGUACUUUAACUUCAUCAUUAUUGGUUUUCUGUCUGCGAAGAAUCCGGAAAUCUGGAAAAAUCUGGUUUAUUAUUGAUUGCCUUAAGGUAAAGAGAUGUUUUGGUGGCGUUUUAAGCUAUUACUCUCGAAUCAAACCCCCUUGUGUCAUUUUAUCAGAGUUUUGAGAAACAUUUCCAGUUUUGCAUGCGAAUUAUGUUGGAUUUCAUUGCACCUGCUAACCAUAUAGGAUGUCAGACUUCUGAGGGGGGCAUCUCCCAUUUAGUGUUACAAAUUGCAGAAAUGUGUCAGCACAAGCAGGGAAUACAGUUUGACUGUUAAUCC